AUGUCUGAGCGAAAAGUCCUUACCAAAUAUUACCCCCCGGACUUCGACCCGUCCGCGAUCACUCGCAAGCCGAAGCACUUGCGCUCAACGGGCCCGAAAGUCAUCACCGUCCGAUUGAUGGCGCCCUUCUCGAUGAAAUGUACCUCAUGUGGCGAAUACAUCUACAAAGGCCGCAAAUUCAACGCGCGUAAAGAAACCACCGAAGAAAAAUACCUCGCUAUCCCCGUCUUCCGCUUCUACAUCCGCUGCACCCGCUGCUCCGGCGAGAUCACCUUCAAAACAGACCCCAAGAACAUGGACUACACUUGCGAGCGUGGUGCAAAGCGGAACUUCGAGCCGUGGCGGGACCCCAAGGCCGAGAAUUACCAUGAGACGGAGCAGGAGACGCUGGAUCGGUUGGAACGGGAAGAAAACGAGGAGCAUGAGCGUGAGGAAAGGGAUAAGAUGGCAGAGUUGGAGUCGAAGAUGUUGGAUUCGAAGAGGGAGAUGGCGAUUGCGGAUGCGUUGGAUGAGAUUCGGACGAGGAAUGCGAGGAUUGAGAGGAAUGAGGCGUUGGGGGAUGAGACGGCGAUAGCGCAGGUUAGAGAUGCUGUGGAUGAGGCGAAAGAGAAGGAGGAGAAGGAGAUUGAGGAGGCUGCGAGAAAGGCUUUCAUGACGGAGUCGGGGGAGAAGGUCAAGCGGAUUGUCGAGGAGGAUGGGCCGUCGACGAGUACUGCUGCUCUGGAGAAGAAGCCGGAUAUGCCCCCUCCGUCGUUUGCGAAGGUCAAAAAGCCAAAGAAGCCUUUGGCAAACAGUCUCGGGAUUAAGAAGAAGCAGUCCCUUGUAUAG